AUGGAGAAAAAACAUGAGGCGUGGAAAACCUUCACCGCGGAAGAGCGUGGCGUGUAUCUGGAUGAUGUAUUGUAUGCUUUGAGAAAUCAAAACUGGACUACGGAAGAGGAGCCUUGCUUGAACGAAACGUUGCUGGUAUUGCAAAAUUUGAAAAAUUUUACUUUACAAUCCGUGUGGCAAUGGGAUUCUAUUUCAUCCGAACCCCAAGGACUUUUGUAUGGCAAUCGAUACCAUCUCGGUAAUUUCGACCAAUGUAUAGAAGCACCCUGGUACGAUACCUAUCCUAAUUUGAGAAACCAGUACUGUCUCGCUGACAUUGUUCUCGAAAGAUCAGAUAAAACUCCUAGAAAGCGAGUUAAAGAGUUUUACAACCCAUAUCAAUCAGCUUUGGAUCUUAUAGAGCACCGUUCCCUCUUCAUGAGGCCUCUAAACUACUUGACGUGGGGCCUGUGCGUGCCAAGUUCCUGUCAACCGCAAUCAGUGCAACGCUUGCUAGGUAUAUUACUGGCGCAAAGCCACAUCGGUGCGGCAGGUUUGCGAGCUCGCAUCACAGUCAAUGAACCGUGCCAAAGCGUUGAUAAACCCAGAGAGUACGACGCACUUUUCUACUCGUUUAUUGGAGUAAUGACGUUUUUUGCAGCAGUAAUUUUAAUUUGUACAUACAUAAGACAUCAACGAUCGGUUCGUGACACACAGACAUUAGGUGAUGAAAUCAUCAAAGCGAUAUGUCUUAAAAGUAACGCACAGGAUCUGUUGAAAAUUAAUAAAGGUGGAAACGAAGUGUUUUAUGGUAUUCGAUUUUUGAACAUUUGUUUCAUAGUAUUAGAUCACCAGUUUGGUAUGGCUAACGGUGGCCCCAUUAGUAAUGGAGCUCAAGUUGACAAGGCUGCGUUGUCGAUUAUGGGCCUGCUUAUUUUACAUAAUGAUCUAUUCGUGGACACAUUUUUCCUCCUUUCCGGAUUUCUUGCCGCAACAGGCCUAUCAGCUUUUAAAAGAUUUCCUAAUCCAUUCAUUUUAAUUCUGAAGAGAUAUGUGAGGCUUGCAACGGCCUUCGCAGUUGUAAUUUUCUACGUUUGCGCCAUUUACCCAUUUACUGGAUCAGGUCCGUUGUGGAACAGGGCCAUAGCUUCUGACACCGAUCAGUGUCGCAAGAAUUGGUGGAUCAGCCUUCUCAUGCUAAACAAUUAUAUUGACAGCGAGAAUAUUUGCAUGGUCGUUACAUGGUAUAUCCCCUGUGACUUCCACUUCUUCACGGUCACAAUGCUGUUAUACUGGUUGUAUAGAACGCACGCAAGGCUUGGUAUAACUUGUGCAGUUGUUGUAUCUAUAGCCGCCAUAAUAACGCCAGGAAUUGUCAACUACCUUAAUCAACUUCCCCCUAUACAACUUUUCACUUAUGACUUCCUAACAAAUCCUCGGAGUCUCAAGCAGUUCCAUUUGACUUAUAUCAAAAGUCACACCCGCUACGCUUCGUACCUCGUUGGCUUCUACAGUGGCCUCAUUUUUACCCUGUUGAAAAGCUUUCUCAGUUGGUACCCUUGGGUCCCACUGAGUCGACUCAGCUACGGCUUGUACCUCACACACGCAAUAAUCAUUACUCGCAAUGUCUUCAGCACCAGGGUCUCUCAGCACGCUGAUAUCUUCUUCUUUCUUAUUCAGACGGCUGGCGUUAUAGUCUGGGGUUGCUUGGCCUCCCUUAUUAUUUUGGUAUUGGUCGAACUUCCUGUGAACAACUUGAUAUCUUUGUGCUUUAAAAAGAGAUCGAAUUUAGAAGAUAAUCAACCAAAAAUAAAAGAAAAUCAUCAGCAUCGUAACAUUGAAGCAGGCACUGGGAUAGAAAAUGCAGGCUUCAUGCAAGAAAAUCUAAUUUCCCCGACUAAAAUAGUUGUCAAAUUUUAA